UAGGACGUUAUUUCUCAAACAUUAAUUGAGCCAAUUAUAGAAACUUCACAAAUUAGUAAAGAAAUUUAAUUCCAUAUAAAAGUUGAAAAGGCAAAAAUUAAGCAAAUACCAUAAACAUAGAAACUUUCAACCAGUAAUAAAGUAAGAAAAGGAAAAUUUUGAAAAAUACAAGUCCAAUUACAAAUAGCAGUCACCUUUGUUUACAUUUAAAAAAAAUAAAUACAAAUAGUAUCAAAGACUUUGGUUAUAUUAAAUUAAAUUAAAAAAAAACUACAGACCAACAUAUUAUGGUCCCAUAAAGAGUCCACGCGGACACUUUAUAUGGUUCUUGAAAUUGUCAUUCCCACCCCAAUUUCUCCACUUUCUUUGGGGGGAAAUAAAACAGACACAUCUUCUACUGCUUCUACACUUCUACUUCCAGUGAGAUUUUUUCCCAAUAUAUUUACUUCUUCUAAAAGAUCUUCUUUUUUGAAAAUUUUUUCUUCUUUUUCUCUCUAGCAAUUUUGUUAAAAAAAGAAGACAAAACAGAGAGUAGAGAAAGGACAGAAAAGAAUUAUAUGUCUUGUGUGAUCACAGGUGUAACUGAUCUGGCUAGAGCUACAUAUAAACUCUGGCCUUUUUCAUUCUUUGUUCAAUUUUGUAGGCAAGAAAAGUGUCACUUACCUUCUUUCAUGAUUUUUUUGAGACCAGAAAGGACUUGUUCAAAGAAAAGCUUCUGCUUUUCUAAUUUGGCUACAAAAUUUCUUGGUUUUUCUUGGGACUGACAAUUUUACCAGAAAUUUUAGAAUUCUUUGAGAGGGGUUUAGGGUUUAUCUAUUUUUUUCCCAAAUUGUUCAACAGAUGCCUUGGCUUAGUCCAGAUAUGACUAAUAAGUUGGAAAAGAAUGUUAAGAGGGAAAGGGUAAAAAUGGAUGGUCUCAUUAAUUCAGUGAGAAAAGUUAGGAUCAUAUAUGAUGAUCCUGAUGCUACUGAAUCUGAGAGUGAGGAUGAUCAGAAUGUUUUUCGUGCAAAUAAAAAUGUCGUUAGUAUCAAGCGUGUUGUUAAGGAAGUCGUUAUUCCCGGUGCCUCGUGGGAGAAAAACUCCGAAAAAUGUUAUAAAGUUGAUGACAUUCGGAUGAAAAAUUCUUCCAAGAAGAAUGUUGAAAAUAAGAGGGUGCAGAUAAAAUCGUCGUCUUUGCCUAAAGGAGUUAGAAUGAGGAAAUGGGGAAAAUAUGCAGCGGAGAUCAGAGACCCCUCACAAGGGAAAAGAAUAUGGCUCGGGACUUUUGACACCGUGGAAGGUGCUGCACGAGCAUACGAUGCAAAGAGGGCUGAGUUUGAUAGAACGAUUUUGUUAGAAAAGGGUAAAAAUGUGAGUUCUGUUAGAGCUCCUCCUGAGUGUUCUAUGGCAGCCUGUUCAUCUCGUCCUACAAACGGGACGACCCAUGGUUUGUACUCACACCCGUCCCCAUCCUCGGUGCUAGAUGUACCCACAUCAUCAGCUGCCCUGCUUGACAUUCCAAUGAAAGAGACGGGUCAAAUGCCAGUUGUGGAAAAGCAAUUGUUACGGCCUUCAGGUUGUCGAGAUUUUAAUUUGAGAUUGGAAGAUCAAAUGCUUUGUGGCAUUGUUAACAAGGGAGAACAGGGCAUUUCAGGAUUGAUCGAAGAUCCUUUAAUAGAACAAGGCUCCAUAAGCAAUAGCCUUGUGGAGAUGACUGCAGUCAAUAUCAAGAAGAAAAAGAAAGCCCGACAACCGACGAUAAAAAUUAGUAAAUUUUUUACAAAGGGCAAUGACCAGUCUAUUCUUGGUGUAUUAGACGAUCCUCUCAUCAUGUCUCCUUCUAUUAGUGCAGAGCUUAAUAACUUGAACUUUGAGGAAAGUGCAGUUAAGGGGAAUAACUUGAAACUUCUAGGCUUUGAUGAGAAUGCUCUAUUUGAUAAGGAUUUAGCACAAACUUGUGAUCCUUAUACAGAUUUUAUAGGCCUGGACAGCAAUCUUCUCUGCUGUGAUGGUUUCGAGGAGUUUGUUUACGGCGUAAACGAAAUUGUUGAUGUUGGAGCUGCCACUUCACCAGAAUUGGAUGAAGUUGAGCUUAGAUGGUUAAAUGAUGUUUUGUUACAAGAUCAAUUAGUUUCGUAAGUACGACGAGUAAGUUAAAAGACUGCUUGUAAAGUUGAAAUUUGUGGGCAAUGAGAGGGGUUUUUCUUGGGAUUUUUGCUUUUUGCUCAAAAGAUGUUCCCAGGAUUUUUAACUCAAAAUCCUCUAGUUCCCAACCCCGCUUUUUUUCCUACUCUAUCUCCAAUGAGGUGAAAAAGGAAGAGGAACUUAUAGAAUAGAUGAAAAAUUCUAUUUGUGUUGUUAGCUAUUGUUGCUAUUGAUGAGGCAAUUGUGUAUGCUAGAUAUGGUCCAUUAUGCACUUAUGUUUGUGGCUUCUUGAUUUCA